CCUAAAUAAAACAGCCAUCUCGUGUGGAAACACCGGAAGCAAGCAAGGGUUUUAGGAGCUGGUGAAAAUGAGUAGCUGGCGAACCCUAAUUCUUCGAAUUGGCGAAAAGUGCCCCGAAUAUGGCGCCACCGUUGAUUUCAGAGAUCACAUUGAGAAUUGCUUUGGUGUGCUUCGGCGGGAGCUAGAUCAUAUCGAGGCUGAUAUCUUGAAGUUCCUUCUUGAAUGUGCCGAGCAACUGCCUCACAAGAUUCCUCUGUAUGGGACAGUGGUUGGGUUGUUGAACCUGGAAAAUGAUGGAUUUGUUAAGAAAGUAGUAGAAACCAUCCAAAUCAAUUUGCAGGGAGCUCUAGAUGAUGGAAAUUGCAGCAGGAUCCGUAUACUUAUGCGAUUUCUUACUGUUUUGAUGUGCUGCAAAGUUGUGCAACCAAGUGCAUUACUUGUUGUCUUCGAAACGUUGCUGUCAUCUGCUGCAACAAUAGUGGAUGAAGAGAAAGGAAAUCCUUCUUGGCAAGCAUGCGCUGACUUCUAUAUUACAUGUAUUCUGUCUUGCCUUCCUUGGGGAGGAUCUGAACUAAUCGAGCAAGUUCCUGAAGAGGUCGAAAGAGUUAUAGUUGGGAUCGAAGCAUAUUUGAGUAUAAGGCGACACGGGUCUAGCGCUGGUCUUUCUGUCUUUGAUGAUUCUGACAGCACCGGUAAAGCUCAUAGUGAAAAGGAUUUUUUGGAAGAUUUAUGGGGGCGGAUCCAAGACCUUUCUAACAAUGGGUGGAAACUUGAUAGUGUUCCUAGGCCACAUCUUCAGUUUGAGGCACAACUGGUUGCGGGAAAAUCUCAUGACUUUGGUCCCGUCAGUUGCCCUGAGCUGCCAGAUUCUCCUGCAGCCCUCUCUGGAAUUGCCUUUGGCAAACAAAAGCAUGACGCCGAACUGAAGUAUCCUCAAAGGAUCCGCAGGCUUAACAUAUUUCCUGCCAGUAAAACAGAGGACUUGCAGCCUAUAGAUCGCUUUGUGGUGGAAGAGUAUCUGUUGGAUGUGCUUUUAUUCUUGAAUGGCUGUCGAAAGGAAUGUGCUUCCUACAUGGUGGGUCUUCCUGUUCCUUUCCGUUACGAGUAUCUAAUGGCCGAGACAAUAUUCUCCCAGCUUCUUUUACUGCCUCAGCCUCCAUUCAAGCCAGUCUAUUACACAUUGGUUAUCAUUGACCUCUGCAAGGCUCUUCCGGGUGCCUUUCCCGCAGUUGUGGCGGGUGCAGUUCGUGCUCUUUUUGAUAAAAUUGCUGAUUUAGAUAUGGAGUGUCGAACCCGCCUUAUCCUUUGGUUCUCACACCAUUUAUCAAAUUUUCAAUUCAUCUGGCCAUGGGAAGAAUGGGCUUACGUUUUGAACCUUCCAAAAUGGGCUCCGAAACGUGUAUUUGUUCAGGAGGUUUUAGAAAGAGAAGUUCGUUUGUCAUAUUGGGACAAAGUUAAGCAGAGCAUUGAAAAUGCCCCUGCACUAGAGGAGCUCCUUCCUCCAAAGGGUGGACCAAACCUGAAGUAUAGUGUGGAAGAUGCAGAUAAAACAGAACUUGCCUUUUCUUCUGAGAUCAAGGCCAUGGUGAAAGGGAGGAAAAUGGCUCGUGAAGUUAUAGUUUGGAUGGAUGAAAACGUGGUCCCAGCUCAUGGUUCGGAUGUUGCUCUCAAAGUGAUUGUUCAUACCCUUCUUGACAUUGGAUCAAAGAGCUUUACUCAUUUGAUUACAGUCUUGGAGAGAUAUGGCCAGGUCAUUGCAAAGAUAUGUCCUGACCAAGAAAAACAGAUUUUGCUUAUAGAUGAAGUCAAUUGUUUCUGGAAAAACAGCACUCAGAUGACAGCCUUGACAAUUGAUAGAAUGAUGGGUUAUCGGCUGAUAUCUAAUUUGGCCAUUGUAAGAUGGGUCUUCUCCCCAACUAACGUUGAAUUAUUCCAUACCUCUGAUCGUCUAUGGGAGAUUCUCAGAAACGCUAUUAAUAAAACAUACCAUCGUAUUUCUGAUCUAAGAAAAGAGAUUACAUCUCUCAAAAGAAAUGUUGUAUCUGCUGAAGAAAGUGUAUCCAAAGCUCAAGCAGAAUUGGAUGCUGCCGAGGCAAAGCUUAUGCUUGUUGACGGUGAACCUGUUGUUGGUGAAAAUCCAGUGCGAAUGAAGCGUUUGAAAGCGAGUGCUGAAAAGGCAAAGGAGGAGGAGGUAUCUGUUCGAGAAACAUUAGAGGCAAAGGAGGCUCUUUUUGCCAGAGCCCUUGAAGAGAUUGAGGCUUUGUUUCUCUCCAUGUAUAAGAGCUUCUCAUAUGUGUUGACGGGACGCCUACAUGAUGCAUUUGGAGAUAAAGAGUCACAUGGAUCCAAUCAUGCUGAUGGAAUGACCAUUGAUCUUGAAGAUUCAUCUGCAAUGGAUCUUGACCAAGAAAACGGAGGUCCCAAAAAAAGUACUUCCACUGGGGGAAGGGCAAGCAGCGGUUACAGUGUAACUGAGAAAGAGCAGUGGUGCUUAUCAACUCUGGGCUAUGUCAAGGCCUUCUCAAGACAGUAUGCUUCUGAGAUAUGGCCUCACAUUGAGAAGCUACAGGCAGAAGUAUCAGGGGAAGACGCACAUCCUCUUUUCCUGAAAGCUCUUUAUUCAGGGUUAGGUGUACCUACAGAGUUGUAACUUAUAUUAUAAUGGUUCUGCUAAUGUAGUUGACAUAUUAUAUUGAUGUGUCGGUUGAACUGGGCAAGUGAAAGGUUUGGAAGCAAUAGUUGUGGAUUAUGUAGUCAGCUGUUGAUUUGAUUAGAGUUGUAUGUACAAUACGAAGAUUAGGUAAAACAUAAUGUAGGUGAUUUUUAAAUGGUCUUUUGUAAAAUUUUAUUGUGCUCGUCAUACUUGGACCGGUACUAUGAUGUUAUCUUUUUAUGUACAGUAUUGAAGCAGAAUUUGACAAUUUCAUUA